UAGCCUAUGCUUUCCAACUCGAGUUCCUGCACCCAGCCCGCCGCCUGCACGCCGCCCGCCCCGCAUGGCCCUGUCUCCUUGAUGGCCGCGUCCCCACGGCUCCCGGGCACAGCAAGAAGGUGCCACACAGCCAGUGCGAUCUCCCGCACCACCGGCCUCGACUUCUCGGUCCACAAGUUCAUUCUGCAGCUCUGGAGCCCCGAAGCCCACAUUGCCCCUUUGCGGCACGAUGAUGUCACGGUCCGUGAGCUUCUCCUUGUUCCUGGGGUCCAGCAUGUCCUUCCAAGAAGCCCGGCCCCGGCUGCUGCCCCGCGGGUGCCGCAGCUCUUCCUGCUGCUCACACCCAGGGAACCAUCCUGCUUCUCAGCUGCCUUCGUCUGUGGGGCCAUCUCCUUCUCCUGGCACGAGGAGUAUCCAGGAUUGCUUCACGCUCAUACAGUAGCCAUGUGUGGAGACUACGGGGCUGCAGCCGGGCUGCAGACAGAGGCAGCAGCCGUCGGAGCCCUUGACAUCAUCCCCGGCUCAGCUGGAUGUCCUGGGUCCUGUGGCCUGAGGCCUUGCUGUAUCUUCUUGCAGAAUUCACUGGAAUUCCACAGGAUCAGCUGCUUGUGCAGAGUCAAUGGAAGAGCCUCGAAGCAGACGGUGAAUUCCUGCUGCAACCGGUUGGAGAUACUAAGUGCUUAUCAUAUGCCUGGUAUGGUAUCAGGCUCUGGGGAGGCAAAGAGGAAAAGACAAGACGACAGGUGCAAGGUGGUUGGGUGGGAUGUGAACCUGGAAGGAGGGCGGGGAUCUUCUCCUAGUGCAUUGUUACGUAGGCAAAGACCGUACGUCUCUUUACGUCACAUUGCAGUGCCCACGGCCGCCUAA